AUGACCCACAUCUCGAUUAUUGGCAACAAGAAUGCGUUGUAUACGUCAGGCGUCGUCUGGCCCCCCAACUUGCGGUCCCUAAGCAUCACAGGUGCCAACUUGCGCUCCGUACCCGACAUCUCGGGACUCACCAGCCUCGCCACCUUGAACUUGGACAGCAACAACAUUGAGACACUUCAAGACCUCGAUCUGCGCAUGACGACGGGCGUAUCGUUUCUAUUCAACCCCAUCACCAAGGUCUACAACGUCUCGCUUGGGAAUAACAUUCAAGAAGUGUCUGUCGCUACGACUUAG